AUGUCUUCUUUCAACAUCCACCAACAAGUCUUCGGCCUCUCGCUCGCCUCCAACUUGUUAACGGCGGACAAGGGAACGGAGGCCGAAUUGCAGAAAAAGUUAGACUCGAAGUUGCAACCCCUUACUGAUAUAAUCGGGAAUUGGGAAGUCGUAUGGGGGCCCAGAGUAUGGAAGUCCAAGCCCACUGAUGCAGGCACUCCGCCCGAUCGUGUUUGGUACAUCGCGCACAAUCCAUCUGCAAAUUUUGGCGACAGGUCCUACGAUACCUACGUUCUGGCUAUCGCUGGGGCUGCACCAGAUUCGGAGGAGAACUACACCAUUGCCACCAUGGUGAACAAAGUUGUCGAUUUUAACCAAUGGGUGCAGGCCGGGAUAACCACUGUUCCUCUGGAAGCUAUAGGAGUCGAUCAGGCGAAGCCGUACCUUUCGUACGGAGCAGCGCUCGGAAUGUCUACCCUUGUGACCGUCCCUAGCCCUGGUGGGCAGACCAUCAUCGAGUUCCUGGCCACCAUCCCUCCUACAUCUCGACUCGUAUUCACAGGACACAGCCUUGGGGGUGUUUUGUCGCCAAUUGUCGCGUUGGCGCUGCUGAGAGGUGGGCUCCUGAGGAACGCGCCAGCGAAUGUCUUCACAUACCCAACCGCGGGUCCCUCGCCAGGAAACGGACCGUUUGCUACUAUGUUUGCAGAGAAUUUCCCUCUGAUUUCCAAUGGCCCUGCUGCCUAUCAGAUGUGGAAUGGAAAUCUCGCGAAUACACACGACGUUGUUCCGUAUUCAUGGAACAUCGACUCGUUGAGAGCGAUCCCAACGCUCUAUGGCACACUACCACCCGAACUCAAUGAUAAGGUCGUGGGUCUUGUCAACGAUGCCAUUGACCAGGCCAACGCCUCGGGUUUGGUGUACGUCCCGCUCCAGGGGCAGAAAUUCUCUACAGCUGCUCCAGAUACACCUCAGACUAAGGAUGAGCUCCUCCAAAUAAUCACGCAAGAGCAUAUAGCAGCUUACGAAUUGCUCAUCGUGUCACCAAGUAUCACGCCUCUUCACGAAAUAGCUUCAGCGAUGGCGCAGGCUCGAGGUCUGCCAAUUUUCGGAGAACUUUACCAAGCACAUCUCGAAGGGAACGGAAGGGGAAAGUUGGAAAAGGAGGGGGCAUAG